GUAAGCGGGAUCAGCUUCAGUUUCUCUCGAUACGACGAAUAUGAAGCACCACCUCUCUAGUCUGUUGUUCGUUCUGUGCGUCUUGUGUAUCGCGAAGCAGUCGGAAUGUUACAAGAUUCUUGCCAUCGUUCCGACACCAUCCUACAGUCAUCAAAUACCGUACCGACAAUUAUGGCUAGAACUACACAAACGAGGUCACGAAGUUGUGCUAGCCACGUCGGACCCUAUACCAAAUAUCAAAUCACCGAAUUUUACGCAAAUCGAUAUUAGCCAAUCUUACGGAAUCAUAAAGAAAUUAGAUUUUGUUCAAAUGCGGUUUGAGGGAAAACGCUGGACCUAUUUUAUCGAAGAAGAAAUGUUGCCUAUGAGCAAAGUUUUUGCAGAAACUGUGUUCAAUUCUACAGAACUGCGGAAGCUGUAUGCUCCAGACAGCAACGCAACGUUCGACGUCUUCCUGACGGAGUUCCUAUACCUGCCAUCCACUUGCGCUUUCGCACAUCGAUUCAAUAUUCCAAUAAUAGGGUUAAGUUCAUUAGGAUUGGUUGGCUUUAACGAACACGCUCUUGGUGGAUUGAUCCUACCUUCUCACGAGUACACGUGGGAAAUGGAAGACAACACGGGUACGAAUCUAUCGUUCUUCAAGAGACUGUGCAAUUUCGUCACCAUGUGGCGUACCAUCUACUACAUCUAUCAUGAGAUGGUUCCACAACAUCAGAAAUUGGCAGAGGAAUAUUUUGGGCCUCUGCCACCAUUGCUGGACUUAUUGAAGAACGUUAGCAUGCUUUUUGUCAAUCAGGCAGACGUUAUGACACCGGCUCGACCGAAACUGGCGAACAUGAUCACGUUUACGACUUCCCACAUAGAAAAAAUUCCGAAAGCUCUGCCUAAGGACUUACAAGCAUUUCUGGAUGGUGCCACAAAUGGGUUCAUCUACUUCAGUCUUGGUAGUAACGCAAAAAGUGCAACUUUACCACUGGAGAUCCGACGCAUGUUCUGCGAUGUGUUCGCCAAGUUACCGUAUAGAGUCGUCUGGAAAUUCGAGGAGGAUUUUCCCGGGAAACCUGAUAAUGUUUACAUCGGAAAAUGGCUACCACAACAAAGCAUUCUCGCUCAUCCGAACAUUAAGCUGUUCAUUUAUCAAGGAGGCCUGCAGAGCAGCGAGGAGACCGUCCACUACGGAGUACCAGUUCUUGGUUUCGCAAUUUUGGCCGAUCAAGAUUAUCAAGUAGCCAGAAUGGAAGCUUUGGGCAUUGGCAAAUAUUUGGAAAUUACAACCCUUAAGAAAGAUGAACUUGAAAAUGCUAUUAUAGAGCUUAUAACUAACAAAAAGUACAAGGAAAGGAUGCUUUACAUCCGAAAUGUCGUUCGGGAUACACCGUACGACCCGGUAGAGAAUCUCGCUUGGUGGACAGAGUACGUUAUACGAACGAAAGGCGCCCCUCAUCUUCGCAGUAGUCUAGCUUUUCAGCCUUGGUAUCAACGUUGCGAUAUGGAUAUUGUAGUGUUUUUAGCCAUCGUAAUUUUCUUGAUCGCUUCUACUACCCUUCAUUUAAUUGCCAAGAUUCUCGCCUACAUUCAUAAGAAUAUCAAAUCAACUGAAAAGCAAAAGAUAAGCUAAGUAUUUAUGACGCAAUUAAUUGAAGAGAGGUACUUAUAGCACAAUUCAGUCCACGUGACGCAAUUGUUCAACAUCUCAUUUCAACAAAUGAAUUUUAUCUAGUUUCGUUAUGGAAAUGAUCAUCUCGCGUUUUGUAAUUGGCGAGUUACUCUGGUCAAAAGACUAACCAUUCUGGCACGAACAAUCUUCCAAAUAUAAAAAAAAGUUCGAUUAAAAUUGAAAUCCCAUUUAUACAUUGUUAACCUCUUGAUUGAGAUUUUUUGAUGAAGUGUCAAGUUUAGUCUAAAUUAUCAUUAAUCGAUGAUAUCAUCGCUUUUCUCUCGGCGAAUGAGAUACCGCAAGCUGAAAUUGCAUUGAAAUCAUAGGCAUGUCAAAGUGUGGGGUGUUAAAGUAUUGAUAUAUAUAGAUAUAUUUAUACAUAUGUCUUGCGUUCCUGAUGUUGUUUCGUUUAUUUCCUAAUUUACUAUUUUUAAUUGUAACGCGUCUUCCGUUAUCGGGAACGAAAGCGAAAUACUUUAUACCUUCUAUUACAAGGGAUCCAUCAGUAUUGCUGGCAAUAUGUUAAUCAUCUGAUUAUCGGAUUGUCCCUGUUCUUCGCGAAGAUAUCUCAGUUUAGGCAAUAAAAGUCUACACAUACUGUUCCGUUAAGUGAAACAAAGCGUUUAUGAUGAUUCAUAUUGGAAUUUAAAAAAAUCUAAGGCGUCGCUUUUGGUAUUCGAAAUAAAUUCUCUUUAAUUGAAACAAAAUUAUGUAGAAAAAAUCGUAAGACCAAAGAUAAAUAUAGUAAUAAUUAAAGUAGAGUUAUUGAAGGAAAGGAUAAUCUUUAGUAACGUUCUUACACUGUUUAUCUUUAUCAUUGUAUUCCAAUACUUUACGUUUGGAUUACAGACUUUGACGUUUUAUUGUGUACAUACAACUAAAGAAGAAAUUUUACAUAAGUGUAGAUCGUUUUAGACUUUGUUAAAAAAUUGUGAUAAAAAUACAAAAUGCAGAAUUAAAUUUAUUACCCUGCAAAGUUCGUCUUUCAUUUUAUUUGUUUGAUAUAUUUUAUGGCAUAUUUUUCUGUAAAGAAAUUUCCCUUGAUUUUCCCUUACAGGAGAUUGGGAAUUCCAGUUACAAAAGGGGUAAAAAAGAUCAAUAUUCUUCGUUGAAAAACGAUCGCUGCAUUUCAGAAUCACAUUUGACAAUUUACUAACGGCAUUCAUACAAAUUACAAUACACAAUUACAAUACUUUGCAAAUCUCAAAUGGGAAAGAUAGAUCACACAGAUAGAUAAAAAUGACUGAUCUAUUUCGUCUUUAUAAUAUAACACAUCUUUAUAGUAAGAAUACUUCACAGAAACAUUUCUGUUACGCACAUGUAUCCUGCACGUUUUAUUAUAUAGAAAAUUUAAAUAAAUAUUUCAUAUUUCUAAUACAUAUCAUAAUUUUUAUACCAGCAAGUCAUCCUUGCCAUCAUUUAUCUUACGAGCUAAUUAUUCUAGUAAUCCUUUACUUGGUAGCAAAUAAUCUUUGCCAUCUCUUUUAUUUGACAUGCAAAUUAUCCUUAUCAGCAAAUACAUCUCUCGACCCUAGUAUCUCGAAUAAUUCCUCUUAUAGUAACAACAAAUCUGUACUUGAAUAGUAUUUUGUAGUAUCUCUAUAACUAUUUAAUAAAAAUUCGAACAAUUUGUGUUCACAUGAUAUCUUUCUUAUCUUAUUCAUAAAACACAUUGAUAAAGUAGGGUUGUAAGAAAUAUAGAAAGAAGAUUCCAUUCGUUAAUUACAAAAUCGUUCACAUUUAAUCUUUGCGUAUUAAAAUUAAUGUCUAUAGAAAUAUUCUCAGAAAGAGAAAUGAUCCGUUAUGUUCCGCUAUGAGCCAUUCUGUUUCAUUUUGUUUCUUCUUUAAGCUUCUAUUAUCCCGUCACAACUUCCGGUUUAAACUGUUCCAGAGCCAGUACCUGAGAGUAAUGUCCCUCGAUUGUUCCUCUCGAAGAACCUCAACUUCAUUUAUUGGUGAAGUUGAACGCUUGAUUGGAAAGCUAGUUAUGAACGAUUUAACAUUUCCCGCUCAAGUCUUUCCUUAAAUUUUCCGCGAAACAUCUCAUUAUCGCAUUUAAGCUUUUACCUUAUCGAUAUUAUCGAUCAAACCUUUUUUACUACACACAGAGUAACGAAUAUCAUAAAUAAAUAGAAAAAGUUCUUAUAUUUGAUUCAAUUUGAUUUGCUUCAAUCAGAAAAGAAAUAUGACUCUUCCCAAAUGAGCAAAUCCAUCUUCUACUAUAUAUAUAAUCAUAUUUUAUGGAUAAUCCUCAAAUGAACGAAUAUAGAGGGUGUCCAAGACACUAGGCUCGAGAGAUGGAGCAGCAAGGAUUAUUUGCCGAUGCAAUGAUGGGCUGACAAGUAUUUGCCAGUAAAAUAAGAGGCUACUAAAUGUAAUUAGCCCGUAAGAAAAAGGAUGGCGAGGAUCAUUUGCAAGUAUAAAGAAUUGUGAUAUUUACUAGUGAGUACAAAACUGAGUGUGGUUGAUGUGAAUGUUUCUGAGUUGACAAUGGGUCAAGUAUCGCAGGACUGGUGAAGGACUAUUGAUGAACACUAACCCCAAACUACUCUAAAUGAGGCUCUUAUAGUCCCCAAUACGAGAAUUUUUGGCGUGGGAGAAAUACACAGAUUGGUGGUUUAAACAUUUUGAGCUUGCAAAGAUCGUGGUCAGUUCAAUACGACUGGUAAAACCUCUUCUGCAAGUGGCUACCCCCACGUUACCGACCCUCGAGGUUAUGGGGCGACUCGUGAGGGUCUGCACGGGUAUUGCAUGUGUUUUUGCCAGCGAUCAUAACACGCAAUGAAAGCUUAUGAAGCGCGUACUAAUACAUGCUGGAUGUUUUAAGGUUUCGUAAGGUUAUUGAUGCUGGGUAAGUCAGAAUUUCUUAGAUUUAUAAACGUAUAAAGAUAUAAACGCGUAAAACUAUGAAUAAAUAGAAGAGACAAGGACUGAUAUAAAUUCUGAACAUGAGAUGAGCAUAAGGAGAAAUUCUGACUUGGAAUCUAAAACUUUGUAUAUAAUAAAACUAACUGACUAUAUAUAAUAUAGACUGACUGAAUAUAAUAAAAAGACUGAUUCAGCGCAUUAAAACAAGAAGCGAAGUUCAUAUAAACACAUCCGAUAUGAUCUGGUUUUCGAGUUACAACAAUUUUAUGAUGCUGGACAGUACUUAGAUGAACGAUUUCCUGGCAAAUGGAUAAAAAUGGUGCUGACCUUAUUUCCUGACUAGCUCGCUCUUCAGACCUCACUCUAUUCGGUUAUUAGUUAAGGGAUUGGGUUGGAGUUUACGUCAGUAUUUAAAAUCCCUUGUUUAUAGAACGUCAGUUGAUAAUGUUGAAACUUUUCGUCAACGUGACAGCCCUAAGUUUCCGAUAAAUCCGUGUAAGCUGUUCGAACAAGUUCGACAAUUUGUGAUGCGACGCACUCACGAUCCUAUCGAAGCUGGAAGUGGUCACUCAAGAUAGAUAAACAACUAUUACAACACGAAACAAGCUGUUACUCGAAAACAAGGUCAUAUCGGGUAUACGUUUAGACGAACUUUUCUUUUUAUUGUAAUGUGCUAAAUCAUCUGCUGCUGAGUUUUCCACAUGCUCCGACUCGGCUUGUGCAAUAAAAUAUUACGUAAUUAUGUUAUACGAUGAUAUUAUACGGUGAAAUAAUAUUUUAAACUUGUACAGUUUAAAGGAAUAUUAAACGUUUUGCAUCAAAUUAACGUUCGGUAAUGAGGAUUUCAGAAGUUCUAUGAUGUCCCUACUUUAAUGUUUUGCAGCAUACAAACAGAUAGUAAUGUUCCGUUUCCAACAAAAGAGUCGCAGAGUAAACGUUCCCUUUUUGUCUAAAAAUGCAUUUUCCAACGAACAAACAGUUCCAUCAUGCUUUCGCGAUUAAUAGCAUAACACGUAAGUACGAAAAUCCUUUUACGAUAUAUGUGAUCGAAUUAAGCGAAGUAAUUUUGUAGGUAAUUAACCUACUUUUGCAACUUCUGUGUUUCUGUUUCUACUAGUAUUUAGUUGCUGUAUAAGAAACAGUAAGUAAAAGCGUCACAUUAUGUACUUCAUAUGUCUUACGUCAAUUCACUUAGAGUUAUACAAUGACAAUCACAAGAAAGAACACUUAGAAAAUAUCAAAAGAAAUUCUGUAAUUUUAAACCUUGACAAUAUAUAUUUAUAAUUAAACAAAUCACGGAACAAUAAUUAACAGAAGCAAUAAGUAGAUAUAAUACAGCAAAGACUACCGUAGUCUUGUAGUAACAACUACAACGUAAUUAACGAACUUCUUCAUCGCAGUCAUCAGAGAAAGAUUAUCAGAAUUCGAUGAAAGAUGGCAUCUUCCGUUCUUUUCGAGCGCUUUCUGCUCGCACAAUCUACGCUACAGCGAACUUCUUUGUUUCUGUGUUUGAUAACGCGCUGUCCGUGCAUCUCGAACGACUUCGAAUUGUUCUCGAAGGCAAAGGCAAACGCCUUUAAGGAUCGCGAUGUCGCCGAACGAUAAUGGCGCACGACUGUUUGUCAGAAAAGUAUCGGAAUCAACUUGAGUAGUGAUAAACAGAAAAGAAGAAAAAGAAACAAGAAUAGUGGAAACUGCUUCGCUAUUGUUUCAUACGAUUUUCUCGACGUUAUUGUUUUGUAUGUCGUUGCCACGAACUUUUACAAUUACACACUGCGAAACAUCUUGAAAAUCUUCCUGAUAUUCUUCGAUUGUCAUACGUAUCUUCUCGAUUGUAUACACUUCAAAAGUUACGUUCGUCUAGUUUCUUUAAUCGAAUUAUCGACUGUUACGGUGGAAACAUAAAAUCUCGAGCUAUUACGCGGAUGAUAAAAGGAAAGAGUUCACGGAGAGACCAUCAAAAUUUAAUCAAAAAUAUCCUUCAGAAGUAAGAACUUUAAGAGUAUUUAUGGAUUUCUAUAUAAGAGGAGUUGUAAUAGAAAUAAAAUAGCCCAUAUUAAUUUUUCAAAUUAGCCUCGGACUUUAAUAAUUUCUAACUUUGUAACAAGUGAAUUGAAGUGAUUUUUCGUGUUACUUUGAUUUUCAUAUGUUUAAUGUCAUACGUUCGUUACGUACUAUUACAUAUUACAAUAUUUGAAUCCCUUUUGUAUACGUGCAUCUUACAAUUAUUACACAACAUUCUUACAAUAUACGCGAUCAUGUAGCCUUAGUACCUUUUUAUUUUGUAAUUUACUGAUUAAGAGGAAACAUUUAUACGUUACCCUGUAAACGGUACAUAAUUUCUGGUGAAUUUUCUGGGCAAUAGAAAUGUUGUAUUAUCUAUAGCGUUUAAUUGUUCGGAUGAGAGUAUAGUGAGUGACAAAUUCUGGAAGAAUAAACUUUUGGGUUCCUGUGAG